AUGCUAAGUGGACUGAAAAUAGCGAAGCUUAAUAGCGAGAACACCUGCACUUCGUACUACGACUUUCUCACCUGUGGGCCCGCCUACAUGCAGUCUGUGAUUUGCAAACCGGAACCUGUGCCGGCCAGGACUCAGCCGGAAAAUGAAUCGCCAUCUGGUCUCCUUCGAAAUGGGAAGAAAUUCUACGGUGUGGAGGACACGGCGACGCAAUGGUAUGUCCACAAAAGGAGACCUCAGUACGCCAAGUGUCCCAAGCCGAGGAUGUUCGGCUACAAGUUCCGCAUGCCCAUCCGGAAUGCCCUGAAACAUAAGAGUACUACGGCGCCUUAUCGUUUUUCGGGGCGUAGAAUUUCUCCGGAAUUUUUGUGCCUUCUCAACCGACACCACGCCAGUCUGCCAGGAGUCAACCGGGUGUCCAAGCGGUAUCUCGUCCAGAAGCCCAGCUUCUCCUACUACAAAUUCGAUGCGGAGGAAAAGAAUCGCCCCAUGCGUCCUGGCAUUGAAACGGCAGCUCCUGUGACAUUUCCCUGCUGGAGUAUGGUCUGUCCUCGGCGGAAGCCGAUCUACGAUUGGUACGUUGCGAAUGAUCCGUAUCAAUGGAGGUCCCACGAUCAAGAGUCACAAGACGACCAAGAGACGGCUAAGCCAAAGGAGAAGGAUACACAGGAUAAGAAAUUCAAAGCAGUGGCCCAAGAUGAAAGAAAGCAGGAAACUAAAAGAGAUCGUAAAAGUUCUCCUGGAAGCGCUCACAGUUUACCGAAACCGCAAAAGAUCCGGGAGCCCUUGCUACAUGGACUUUAUACCACCAAGGAACCAGAAGAGAUCGAACCUGGAAAGAAACCUUCUAGACAUAAGAGUACUAAGGCAGCAGAAAAGAAGUCGUCCAGCCUCAAAAGUACUAUAACGGUAACUGAAUCUUAUUGUUAUCCUGCCGAAAAGAUUAAGGAACCUACUUCAUCUCGGACAUCCACAAUGCGAGCGUCCAGUGAGCCUGCCUGCGCCGAUCCCAAGAAGACAAGAGAUCCUCGACGCAUUGAGUUUGAGAAUCAACCCUUCUUCCAGGCUCUUAAAGGAUCCAACUAUGAUAGAGUUUCCCGCCAAUCAAGUAAAGAUUUGGUGACAUGUUCGGCGCCAAGGAUGCACAGCGUCAAUUCCCAGGACGAGGACAACUGGGAAGUAUCCCUGGAGAGGGAAGAACGCAGGGAGAAGGCGGAUUACGAGCGAACCGGUUACCGAGUACGUCCAGAACCGGAGAACAACUUUUUCAAGUCCAUGUGUUGUCCUCGCCAAGUCGGCGUCCAACGCUCGGAACGUCCCGAUUUCUAUGAUGGGACUGAUGUGGAAAUGCCACCGGAUCACCCAUGGGGUUGCUGUGGCUAUGGGUACGAGGGCUUCAUCCACCGCUCUGAGUUUCAGGAUCGCUAUGAAAAGAAAACGAAACGAAAGAAACCCCCACCGUACUGCUACCUAUGGUCUGCCGUGGAUCCGAACAUCCGGGAGGAGGAGAAGAAGCGUCUUGCGGAGAUUAAGUGCCAGCACCGGAGGAAAUCUCGUCACUCAAGUCCAUAUUUUUUCUACUGGUCCACCCCAAAGCAAAAUGUCAGAACGGAGGCAAAAAGUCAAUUGGAAGAAAUGGAUAGAGAGUCGGAGGAGGAACCUUAUCCCCCGCCACCGUGUUUUCCGAACCCCAAGCCAAAAUGUUCCCAUGAUCGAUUCAAUAGAGCUUCGGCCGUUAGCUUCGGAGAAUCAGGUUUAUGUGAAUCGAGUGCUGAACGGACUAAACCGAAGAGAUCAGACUCCUAUUCCACGUGGAGCACUGGAAGAAAAGGACGCCUGUGGCGUGCCAGGAGUCACAGAAAUACAGAUGACAGUCCAUUUCCGUGGGGGGAAGAUCGAGACUCGCCAAUAGAGGAGCAUGGACGGAGUGAUCACAGUGAAAGGCACAUGUGGGGCGGUCCUUUGCCCACAGAGUUGGGCCGGGGUCUGCGGGAGAAACCGCGAUUUCUGCCUCGGAUUCAUGCCUUCGCAAAGCGAUUCCUGUUUCCUGGACCCACCGGCAUGCCCUUGAAACCCAACUCUGAUCGCCAUUUUUCGGAGAGCGAGAGAUCCAAGCCCUCCGCCAGCUGCAGAAAGAUGGAAAAUGAAACUCCCUACUGCAUCCGAAGAUCCAAGAAGGAAGCGGCACAAUCUACCUUGGCAUCGCCCUUGGAAACGAUGAACAAAAAUUUCCGAACACGCGCAAGUGAACAGCCCAGGAUUCAGGAUGUAAGAGGCACCAGGGAUCCUAGCUAUUGGGAAAGAGCCAUGUCUAUGAAAAGACAGGGAAGCUCAUCUCCCAAACGAAAUCGGGAAACUUUCUAUAAUCCAUAUGCUAACCAAAGACCCUCUACACUGUCCCCCAAAAGGGAGAAAGCCCGAAAAAAAAAGAAAAGGAUCGAGCCAAGGAAUCGAGCUUCGUCAGAAGGACCGUCUACAUAUCAGAACUAUCAGAGCCCCCCACCCCCGACACCUACGGCACACACGAAGCACGUUAAGGAAACCAGUGACUUGGAUGAGAUGCCAGAAAGGAAAAGAGCCCCCAGUCCUACAAGCUUGAGUAGCGACUCCAGCGAGGACCAGUCGAAGAAUACAUGUAAGAAACGGGAGUCCAGAGCCCAGCGCGAAUGGGAGGAACGCCGUCAGCGGAGAAAAGCCAAGAAGUGCAGGGAAGGAUUUGCGAGGACCAGUAAUGAUUGGUUCCUAACCUCCCGCUCUCCAGACCAACGACACCCAGAUCCUCCUCGAGCGGGAGUUCUAACCCUGCGCAACUGUGAAUUUCCCAGAGAACCUAGUGACCCGGCAUUGAUUGAACCCAGAGGCGAUCGAUUUCAAUUCCUCCAACACCGUGCCAUGUGUGGACGAGGGCGGGCAGAUAAUCAUCAAUCUUCUACGAGUCACUGUAAUUAUGACAGAAGCAGAAGCAGAGCCCCCGAGCCAAGGAUGCGAGGAGGAAUUGAUUGUCGAAAGGGCGACUACUCCCGACGAAGGAGACGUGGUGAAGAGGCUCAUGGUUUUCCGACCGCGUUGCCGGUUCCGGUCAACAACAAGCGGGUGCAUUACACGAAUUCUUCAAAUUUGCAAAAACAUUGUUUUUGUUUCGAUUAGGAAUUAGGCCAUGCAGCCUGGAGCCAGACUGCCAGGUGGAUAUUCCACAAGUGACAAAGUGGAAUACCAACUGGCAGUCAGGCUGACAUGCUGCAUACUGUGCGUUUCAAAUUAUCACGAUUAAAUUUUUAAUUGCGUAAAACAA